AUGUCAUUCCUCACGGGGACAUCAUUGCAAUGGGCCAUCACAGCUACUGCUGGCAGCGGCUUUCUGCUAUUUGGCUAUGACCAGGGUGUUAUGUCUGGUCUAUUAAGCGGUGAUGCAUUCACCGCGAGAUUUCCCGAAAUUGACACCACUUCAACCGGUCAUGGAAGUUCAUCUUUGCAAGGAACAGUCGUUGCUAUCUAUGAAAUUGGCUGCUUCUUGGGUGCAAUCAUUUCUCUACUUGUUGGUGAGAGACUUGGACGACGCAAGUGCAUAUUGGCUGGGUGUGUCAUUUUAAGCAUUGGCGCUGCUCUUCAAUGCAGUGCCUAUGGGAUCCCUCAACUCAUCGUUGGACGAAUUGUUGCGGGAGUUGGCAAUGGUCUCAACACCAGUACUAUCCCGGUCUGGCAUUCGGAAUUGAGCAAAGCUGCGAGUCGUGGUAAAGGGCUUGCCAUUGAAUUGGGAAUCAACAUUUUUGGUGUUAUGAUGUCCUAUUGGGUUGGUGAGUAUAGAUCGCUGAUCAAACAUGGCAAUGAAGACAAAGCACGCCAUGUCAUCUGGAGACUCCAAGAAAAUGCCAAGGAAAUUGACGAAAAUGACGCUGUUGUUGGCAUUGAUGUCCGAGAAAUCUCGCAAGCAAUCAGAGAUGAAACUGAGGCCUCCGCCGAAGGUUCUUUCAAGCUUAUCUUCCAGAAUGGCGACCAGAAGUUCCUGCACCGAACUCUAUUGGGCAUGGGCGGACAAAUGAUGCAGCAGAUUUCAGGAAUCAACUUAAUUACCUACUAUGCAACAGAGAUUUUUGAACAGUCUGUGGGCAUGUCGCAUAACACCGCCUUGCUCCUGUCUGGGUUUAAUGGCAUUGCUUACUUUUUCUCCUCAUUGGUUCCCAUUUGGGUUAUUGAUCGACUUGGUCGCCGAAAGUUGAUGAUGUUUGCGGUGGUUGGUCAAGGCUGUUGCAUGGCUAUUUUGGCAGGCACUGUUUCGAAUGGUGGUCAUGCAGCGGGCCUUGUUGCGACCGUGAUGCUAUUCAUGUUCAACUUCUUUUUCGGCGUUGGCCUCCUAGCUAUUCCUUGGCUCCUGCCGGCCGAAUAUUCCCCCCUGGCUAUCCGAACCCAAUCAGCGGCUCUUGCCACUGCAACUAAUUGGAUUUGCACAUUCUUGGUUGUGGAAAUUACCCCGGUCAGCAUUUCAAACAUUGGAUAUAAGACAUACAUUUACUUUGCCGUCUUCAACUUCUGCUUCCUCCCUCUUAUUUACUUCUUCUACCCGGAGACGCGCAAUCUCACUUUGGAGCAGAUCGACAAGCUCUUCACCGGUGGCAAGGUCCAACUUUACUGGCAGCCAUCUAUGGGUAUGGCCGGCGAUGUCGACACUCGCAUUGCUUGUGGAAAGGAGACAGAAGCUGGGGUCGAAGCCGCACAACAUGUUGAAUAA